AAUUUGAUGUUUGAUGAAAAGAGAAAUGUGAAAAUAUUCCUAAAUGUAAAUUUGGUGUAAAAGAGAACAAAUAGACUAUUUUGGAUGAUUCGUUCCUUUGAUGCUCUCACAGACCAAGCCGAAGGGGGAGAAAAUUCAAGCCCAGUGGUAUUGAACAUUCAAAACACCAAUUCGCCCGCAAUUUUGUGCUCCGAAUUCCGCUUCCCUUUCAUCGAUCUUCCUUCCUCAUUUUCAACAAUGAUCCGGUUCAUACUUUUGCAGAACAGGCAGGGCAAAACCCGUCUCGCUAAGUAUUAUGUUCCUCUUGAGGAAUCCGAGAAGCACAAGGUCGAGUAUGAGGUUCAUCGAUUGGUGGUUAAUAGAGAUCCCAAGUUCACAAAUUUCGUCGAGUUCCGAACACACAAGGUCAUCUAUAGAAGAUAUGCAGGAUUAUUUUUCUCUCUUUGUGUGGACAUAACAGACAACGAGUUGGCCUACCUCGAGUGUAUUCAUUUGUUUGUGGAGAUUCUGGAUCAUUUCUUCAGCAAUGUGUGUGAGCUCGACUUGGUUUUUAAUUUUCACAAGGUCUAUCUGAUACUUGAUGAAUUUAUUCUUGCGGGAGAACUCCAAGAAACAAGCAAAAAGGCGAUAAUUGAAAGAAUGGGGGAACUGGAAAAGCUGGAGUGAAGAUAGUACACAUUAGAGAGCUAAGACUGCAAUUUAUUUUUCGUGGCCGAAUUUAUUGUGUUGAUGAUUUGAGUUUACUUUGUCCCCCCCCCUCCCCCCCCCAGUAUAGUUGUCCGUGUGAUCUUGUUGCCACAAAUAGAACAAAGAAAAGUUGAACAAAAUUUGAGGUCCCUGCAUCUCUCUUGCAUAGUUUUUGAACAUUUCAGAACAGAAACCGUCUAUAAAUAGUGAAAUCUACAGAAUCCAUUAUUGUUGAUA